GUAAAUCCACACUUGUAUCAGCGAUAGUGUUGUGUUUGGGUGGUGAGCCCAAAUUGCUGGCGCGUUCAAAUUUGAUCAGGGAUUAUGUUAAAAACGGUUGUUCAUCGGCUAAAAUAUCUGUAGAAGUUUGCGCCGAACGAAAGAAUAGGGGAAGCCUUUGUGAUGAAAAAUCGGUGGACUUCACACGCACUUUUGACAAAAGCGAUAAAUCAGAGUAUUUUAUUAACGGUCGUUCCUAUUCACGUCGCAGCUAUCUAGAGGCGAUAUCAAAAUUUAACAUCCAAGUAAACAAUCUAUGCCAAUUUUUACCACAGGAUCGUGUUCAGGAUUUCGCUAAAAUGAAUCCUCAGGAAAUUCUUUCGAAUACAAUCAGCUCGGUUUGUAAUGUUGAAAUAUUGGAAAACUUUGAGAAAUUAAAGGAAUUGCAAAACAAUCAGGAAAAUAACCAAAGCACUCAUCAGAAAUUAGUACAAAAACUUGCGGAAAGUAAAAAUCAAAUUAACGAGCUAAAGGGCGAAUUAAAUCGGUUUAAUGUUCGUCAAGAAACUGAAGACAAACUAAUUGCUUGCAAUAUUAAAAAGGUUAUGAGUUGUCUGCAAAUCUUGCAGAAUGAACAAGAUUUCAAACAAGCUGAGACUAAUAAAGUAAAAAUCCUUGAGAAAAUCGAACAUAUAAAGGCAACGAUAAAUAAUAAAAAGAUUGAUUUUCGGAAACGCAAAUGCGAGCAAGCUGAACGGGAAAAAGAUUUACAAAAUGCUGUACAAUUAUUAGAAGUUUAUGUGCAAGAUUUGGAAAAUUUAAAAGCUGAAUGCUCAUCCGACUCUGAGUUAACAAAUGCCUGUAAUCAGAGCAUGGAAUGUCAAAAGGUCGAGCUCAAGCGUUUAAAUCAAAAUCAUACCCGUCUUAAUCAAAGGUUGGAGGAAUUUAAACCGGAAAUAGGUAGUCUAAAGAAACAAAUUGAAAGUUUGGAAAAUGUGGGCGAUCAGAAGCUAUUGUUUUUACAACGAAAUUUUCCCGACGUAUGCAAAGCCAUGAAAUGGAUAGAAGAGAACGAGAAUUUAUUUGAAGCACGCGUUUAUAAACCUAUUAUGCUUGAGAUAAACGUCCGCAACCCUGAUCACACCAAAUACUUGGAAAAUACAAUAAUGUUCCGUGACUUCCAGGCCUUCUCUUGUGAGAGCAAAAAUGAUAUGAGUCUUUUAAUUAGUGAGCUAUGUGUUAAAAGGAAAUUAACUGUAAAUAUAGGUCACGCUCCACCGGAUUCAAAAUUUUUACCUGUUAUUCCUAUGAAAAAUCUUCGCCCAUACGGCUUCGAUGCUUAUAUGAUCGACUUGAUAGAUGGGCCCCAUGCAGUUUUAGGUUACUUAUGUUCUUUAUACAGAUUGCACAACAUUCCAAUCGGUGGUAAUGAAGUUAAAGAGUUUAUCGAGCAAAUUCCUGAGCCAAUUACCGUUUAUUUUGGUG